UAGCAUCUCUUUUUAUUGAAGUAUAGUUUAUUACAAUGUUGUAUUUCUGGUGUAGAGCAAAGUGAUUCAAUUAUGCCUAAAUAUAUAUACACAUUUUUAUAUUCUUUUCCAUUGUGGUAUAUUACAGGAUCUUGGAUAUAGUUCCCUAUGCUAUACAGUAGGACCUUGUUUAUUUUAUGUAUAGUACUUUGUAUCUUAUCUUAUAAGCUUCUCUAAUAGACCUUAAAAGCUUUAUAUAUUGAACUGGGCAUGUUGUGCAAAUUAGGUCAGAGUUCUCAUACUUCAGAUGCAUGAGCUCCUUGAAAGUGUAGGUACACCUGGAGGGUGUACACUUUUUUGAAAAAGUUGAUCCAGACCUGCAUCAUAUUCUCGAGUCCCUGACAACAGAUGUUUAAGAGCCACUGAAUUGGGAAUUUAUAAAAUUGCUGGAUUGGAAGAGACUUUUGAAGUUUCUUAUGUGCUUUUCAGUAGAAUGGGAAAACAGCCAUAACAAAUAAGGAUCUGGGCUCUGCUCGUAUACUGUCCUUGACAGGGAAUUAAUUGCUUCUUCCCCAGACCCAUCUCUGCUUAUCAGUUGUAAAAGAGACAUGAGCUAAAGUUCUCUUUUUUGAAUUUAAAAAGAACUGAUUAUACAGAUUAAAAGGAUUUAAUUUCUUUACUACUCAAUGAAUUUUAUUACAUUUAUAGCUGUACAGUAAUCAUCACAACCAAAUUUUAUAGCAUUUCCAUCCCAAACCCUCAGUGCAUCCCCUCACCCCAUCUCAUUUGGAAACCUUAAGUUUUUCAAAGUCUGUGAGUCAGUAUCUGUUCUGCAAAGAAGUUCAUUGUGUGCUAAAAGGAUUUAUAUUUCUACAAAGCAAUGAACUCCAAAAAAUUCCUGACAAACAUUUUUUUUAAUUUAUUUAAAAUUUUUUUUAAAUUUAUUUUUUUUUAAUUUAUUUAUUGGCCACAUCUGUGGCAAGAUCCUCACUCCUGAAUUUUUAAAAUAUAAACGGUAUGAAAAAGUAUCUGGGGGAAGUAAGUAGAUUGUGUACAAACAAAAUAUAUAUAUUAUGGUGUUGUAACUUUUAAACCUUAGCUUUUUAUGGGGGGUAAAAUUUCCACCCCUGGUUCAUGCUGCUCUCUGUUUAAAUGUGACUGCAAUGUCAGUUAAUCUGUCAGUUAAUUUUGAAUUAUUUCAGAAUCUGUCAUGUUUAUUUGUUCCUUUACUGAUCUGUGUACUUAGCACACAGUACCUGCACAGUGUUUCUGCGUUAAUGAAUGACUCUCAAAGUUGGUAAAUUUUACCUGCUGCACAUCACUGAAAUCCUUUCACAUGCUUCAGUUUCCACUACAACGUUUUGUUGCAGGGUACCAACAAUCCUUGCUAAACUUGUCUCAUUUCUUCCCAUUUCAUCUCCAUGCAUCUGUUCCCAUCAUUCAUUUUCACAGAGAGCAGCUAAACUGUACUGUUUAAAAAGCAAAACUCCAAUUAUACCACAUUGCAUUUUGAAAGAGGGUUACUUUCCAUUGCUCUUAGAAUAUAAAUCCAAAAUAUCCACCUAAGGCCUUCAAGGCUUUUUAGGAUCUUACUGACCUCAGCCCUUGGCUGCAGGUGUUUUCUGGUGCUUUCUGUCUUGGUUCAACCCCUGUGUCUUCUCUUCAUGUUCUUUUACUUGGCCAGGAACCCUAUCAUGACUUAUAAAUUAUUAACACUCACCUAGCCAGUGUCACCAGUUAAGCCAAGAAGGCAUAUGUAAAACUACUUAAGGUGAGAAAAUGCAUGUCAGCCAUUUUAAUUACCAGGAAUGUAUUUUGAAGAAGAUUUUAAAACGUGAAAUAGAUGUUUAUGAAGUGGUCACAGUACUCACUUCUGUAGAGAUGUAAUCUUUCUAAAAACAGCCAGUUUUGUGGCUUAAUUUUUCUUUAGAAUAUUUUAUUUCUCUUAAAUGUAUGAGUUUUUAGUGUCUGUUUCUCACUGUGGAUGGCUGGAUUUUGAAUCCUAUCACUCAACUUCAAUAGUUAUCAUUCAUGGAUAAUUUUCUCUAUAUCCUCUGCCUGCUUCCUACUCAGAGAUAAUUUUGAAGCACAUCCCAGCCAUCAGACCAUUUGACUCACAGAUAUUUCAAAAUAUAUCUAAAAAUUAAUGCUUUUAUUUUUAAACAUAAUUCUGUCAUAUCUAACCUAAGUAAAUAUAAUAUCAAAUUUCUAGUAAGUGUUCAGAUAGCUCCUAAAUUGUCUCAUAAAUGUUUACCAAUUUGUUUGAAUCAAUAUCCAAAUAUGUUCUAUGCAUUGUGAAUCCUUGAUAAUUCUUUUGUUUUUUAUUCCUGUUUUUCUUAUUUUUCUCAUUCAAUAACUGCUCCCUGUAGGGCUGUUUUGUUGAAGACUUGCUAUUGCCCAUUCUGGCUUUGCAGACAGCAUUAUUGUAAUCCUCCAAAUACAUUCUUAAGACUUUUCUUUUAAAAAUAAUUUUAUUACUAAAAGUGUUAAACAUACACACAGAAGUAGAGACCAAAGUAUGAUGAAAUUCCAUGUAUCCAUCUCCCAGCUUAAAUAAUUACUAAAUCAUGGCUCAUGUUUCAUCUGUACUCUGGCUCCCUCCACUUUAGUUUUAGAAACAGAUUCUAGGCAUCAGCUGUAUCUCUAAUGACUUUCAAAAAAGAAAUCAUUGCAGCAUAGUUAAAACUAGAAUUUUAUAACUUAAGUCCUUCUUAACAUUACUGCAAUUGUCUUAUAAUUGUUUUCCAGUUCAUUUGAAUUAUGAUUCAAAGGUUCAUAAAAUAAUUGCUGAUUAGGUAUAAAGUUUAAGAAUUGCGUGUUUUAAAAGUAAUCUUUCUUAAAUUGGGCAAAAACAUUUACAUGACUGGUCAAAUCUACAAAACAAGGUACUACUGUAUACACAAAAGAGGUUAUACCUUUUGUCCAUUAGAGUCCAUUCUGAAUUCUUCCUGCCUUCCGAGAUUUUUUUUUUUUUUUUUUUUUAAUUUUACGGUUUCUCCUUCCAUGGUUUCUCCUUCCACUUAAGUGGUGCCCGUCACCCUCCCCUCCGCCCGCCCGUACUCUGGACUUUCCUCCACCCUGGCACCUCUCCUCAGAGCUCACACGGAACGUUCUUCCUCGUUGCUUUCCUUCCAUCCUCCUCCCACUUCCUGCCUUAGCCGACCGCGCGGGCCGCGGGCUGCGGGCCGCACCUGCAGGACGCGUUUCCAUUGGUGACAUCUUGGCGGGCCGGUCGGUGGCACUUCCUCCUUUACACCCCGUGACCCACGUCCGGCUCGCCGCCCUCCCAGUCACGCGGCCGCUGCCUCCGGGACGCAGCCCCGCGCGUCGGCCUUCCGGACUCCAGGCCCCGGACCCGUCGUGGUUGAUAACAAAAGGAGAUGCACCUGGCCUUUUCCCGGAUUUCUCUGCGUUUUUAAGUGUCUGGUGUAAUUGGGGGGUCCCGGCUGUAGACCGCGCUUGCUUGAGGAAAAUAGAAAUCGGUCCUGCUCCUUUCAGCGGUCGGUUCGUUAUCUACCCGAAGUUUCUUCGCUGUCUGGGCCUCUCCCCCCCCUCUGCGGCUGCUCUUAAAGUUUUUGCUUUCUUUUCAGCCACAAAAAGCUGCAUCCAAGCUUGUUUGACGCCUGCCCUGACAAGUGUCCAUGAUGUUGGGCCCUGAGGGAGGUGAAGGUUUUGUGGUCAAGCUCCGUGGCCUGCCCUGGUCCUGCUCUGUUGAGGAUGUGCAGAAUUUCCUCUCCGACUGCACAAUUCGUGAUGGGGCCGCAGGUGUUCAUUUUAUCUACACUAGAGAAGGCAGGCAGAGUGGUGAGGCUUUUGUUGAACUUGAAUCAGAAGAUGAUGUAAAAAUGGCCCUUAAAAAAGACAGGGAAAGCAUGGGACACCGGUACAUUGAGGUGUUCAAGUCCCACAGAACCGAGAUGGAUUGGGUGUUGAAGCACAGUGGUCCAAAUAGUGCAGACACUGCCAAUGAUGGUUUCGUGCGGCUUCGAGGACUCCCAUUUGGAUGCACCAAGGAAGAAAUCGUUCAGUUCUUCUCAGGGUUGGAAAUCGUGCCAAAUGGGAUCACACUGCCUGUGGACCCCGAGGGCAAGAUUACAGGGGAAGCCUUUGUGCAGUUUGCCUCACAGGAGUUAGCUGAGAAGGCGCUAGGGAAGCACAAGGAGAGAAUAGGGCACAGGUAUAUUGAGGUGUUCAAGAGCAGUCAGGAAGAGGUUAGGUCAUACUCAGAUCCCCCUCUGAAGUUUAUGUCCGUGCAGCGACCAGGGCCCUAUGACCGCCCCGGCACAGCCCGGAGGUAUAUCGGCAUUGUCAAGCAAGCAGGCCUGGAGAGGAUGAGGUCUGGUGCCUACAGUGCAGGCUAUGGGGGCUAUGAGGAGUACAGUGGCCUCAGUGAUGGUUACGGCUUCACCACCGACCUAUUUGGAAGAGACCUCAGUUAUUGUCUCUCUGGGAUGUAUGACCACAGGUAUGGAGAUGGCGAGUUUACUGUCCAGAGCACCACUGGACACUGUGUCCACAUGAGGGGGCUGCCAUACAAAGCCACUGAGAACGACAUUUACAACUUCUUCUCUCCACUCAACCCCGUGAGAGUCCAUAUUGAGAUUGGCCCUGAUGGAAGAGUGACGGGCGAAGCUGAUGUUGAGUUUGCCACCCACGAUGAAGCUGUGGCAGCCAUGUCCAAAGACAGGGCCAACAUGCAACACAGAUACAUAGAACUUUUCUUGAAUUCCACAACAGGGGCCAGCAAUGGGGCAUAUAGCAGCCAGAUGAUGCAAGGCAUGGGGGUGUCAACCCAGUCCACAUACAGUGGCCUUGAGAGCCAGUCCGUGAGUGGCUGUUACGGGGCUGGCUACGGUGGCCAGAACAGCAUGGGUGGAUAUGACUAGUUUUGUAGUAGCUUUUGAGUUAUUUCAAUCAAAUUUUCACAGGCAGCCAACAAGCAAUGAAAAGCAGUUAUUACUCUAGAGGAAGCUGUGGGACCCAUUUUGCACCAUGAGUUUGUGAAAUCUGGAUUAAAAAAAAUUACCUCUUCAGUGUUUUCUCAUGCAAACUUUCUUCUAGCAUGUGAUAUUGAGUAAACUAAAACUAUUUUCAGCUUUUCUCGAUUAACAUUUUGGUAGUGUACUUCUGGAGUGAUGUUAUCUGAGUUAUAAGUAGUUUCAAGUAUGUUAAAUGUGGAUCUUUUACACCACAUCAUCGUGAACACAUUGGGGAGGUGUGCUUUUUUGGAAAACUCAAGGUGCUAGAUCCCUAAUUCAAAGAGGAACAUUUCUCAUGUUUGUUCAUUCUAGUUUAUUUUCAUUUAAAAUCUUUUAGGUUAAGUUUAAGCUUUUUAAAAGUUAGUUUUGAAAAUUGAGACACAUUACUAAUACUGUAGGAAUUGGUGAGGCCUUGACUUAAAACUUUCUUUGUACUGUGAUUUCCUUUCGGGUGUAUUUUGCUAAGUGAAACUUGUUAAAUUUUUUGUUAACUAAAUUUUUUUCUUAAAAUAAAAAGACUUUUUCACAAUGACUGGCACAGACUAUCUACUCACCAAAAGUAGCAGAAUGACUGGGUGGUUGAAUUCAUCCUAAUACUACUGUGUUUCAGUGUUAAUUUUAAAAUUUAGCAUUGCAAUUUGAAUGAGGCUAAAUUAAAAAUCAGAUUUUAAAAUAUUAAA